UAUCGUGAGAAACACGAAGCCUAGAUUUUUUGUCAUUUAGAAGCCCGUUGCGCGUAGGAGCUGAGGAGCCGAUUCUUUCUUGCUAAGUAAACGUAAAUUUUCUUGCCGUUUCCUUCACUUUCUCUGCAACUUUCCUGGAAAAUUUCCCAAUAAGAUGUCGAAUAAGGAAGGUCAAGACUUCUAUUCUAGUCUUUCAAGGAAAGAGCUUCAAAGUUUGUGCAAGAAAUUUGGCUUGCCUGCUAGAAAGUCAAGUUUUGAAAUGGGUAAAUCAUUGUUCUCGUUCUUUCAGAAGAAUGAUUUAAGCUUGACAUCCUUAGGCAAGACCGGAGGUGGGAUCCAAGAGGUUUUACUUCCUUCAUCUUCAGUAACAACAUGGCAUGCUGAAGCACCUUUCAAUUUGACAGGAAAUAUGAUAAAAGAUAGCUUUCAACAGAGAUCUUGUCCUAGAGAAGGUAACGGAGGAAAUAUAAGCACUAAAUCCAAAGAAUUGGAAAGCCGCACGGGACUCGGGGCUCAUGACAAGGAAGACUUUGGUGGCGCAAUUGAUUAUUUUCCGGGUCCAUCCCAGCCUCAAUUUGUUUCUCGAAGUGCUGGUGGUGGUGUCAUCCAUAAGGAGACCCCGUCAAGCUUCAGUGGCCGCAUGGAGCAUACACCCCAGUUUCAUUGUGGACACAUAAAUGUAGGUGUCUGUCCUAUAGAGAAUGCCUCUCCUAAAAUAAGAACUUAUACAAAGGUUCCUGCCUCUUUUGAGUUUCAUGUCAGUUCAGAAGAGGGAAUCAAACUCUGUGUUGAUCUGAAUUCAAGCCCCUCAGACUGGAUUAAGAAAUACAAAAAUCAGGUUUCUUUAACUAUGAAUGUGGACAGUACCAAGUCUCGAAGUAUUCAUCAAGAGCUUGGGUGCAUUAGAGAAAGUGAUAAUACACAAAUAAAAAGUUCCUUUCCUCAAAAUGUAAAUCCUGAUGAAAUUGAGGAUGGCCGUGGACAAGGCAAACCUUCUCCAAGUUUGGUUAUGGAAAAUAAUAUAGGGAUUGAUCAUCCAGAUGGAGGUAAUAAAUCAUCAGCAAUCUUGCUGACAAGACCAUGUAGUGUGGAGGGAUCAGACUGCUUAGGGGAAGAUCAGGGACCUAUCUCAUCUAAACCUAGAUCUAAUGUGCAGAACCAAAUAAUUUCUAAUAUAGAAUCCUUCACUAAGAAUGGGGAUAGUACUAUACUUGAUUCAGAUAUCAUUGAUACUCCAACAGAAAAGACAGCCUGUAAUUUUGCUGUUAACACCAUAUCCGAUGGCUCAGUAGAUCUUAUUGCAAUUGAGCAUCAGAAUUCAAAGCGAGAUGAUGAAGUUUGUGAGAAUUCAACCCGGCAAAACAAUAGUGAUCUUGAGAAUAAUUGUGUUGUGUUUCCUGGAUUCUUGGCCAGUAGUUCUGCAGAAAUGCAGUUGUCAGAAGCUGGAAAUUACCACAAAGACACAUCAUGUUCACCUAAUAAAAAUGGUGAACUCUUGGACCUGGAUGAUUCAAAGCACAAUAUAGUAAAUGAGCAAGCUGCAUUAGCCACAUCAAGUGAGAAUGAUCAGUGUGGGAACCAUUCGCCUACAUGCUCUGAAGAGCGGGAAUGGAACAAUAUUGUUAAUGUGAUGGAGAGUUCAGUUUGCUCAGAAGUUGACAACUCAGUUGAGAAAACUUGUUUACAGUCUGAUAAUCUCGAAUCAAAUGAAGAAUUUUGCAGAAAGAGGCCUUUUAUAGACAGUGAGGGUCAAAAUAGCUGCAGUAAACAUGAUGCAAAAAUUUUAAGAAGCAAGAAGCAUUCUGCAGUGGAAGCUCUUCCCAGAAGAUCCAUGAGGCUUGUCUCUAAGUGAGUUCACUGUGUAAAUCCUAGCUACACUACAAGAAUUGGUCCAUUUGGCAUUAUUUAUCAAGGAGUCUUCCGUUUUGAGGUUCUACAUUCUUUGGAGAGCAAUAGCCACGUAAUCAAAUUACUAAAGGUAUUCUACAAGGUGUUAAAAAUAAUCAAAUGCUAGUAGUUACUGUUAUGUUCUAUUCAAUUUUUUGUAUUGUAUUUUUAAGGAAUUAAGCCCUGAUUUUAUUCAUUUGGAUUUUUUCGCUUCUCCAUUCUUUUAUGCAUUAUGAUUCUCAUAA